AUGACAGAAUUCUGGAGCCCCCGCACUUCCGAGAUCUGCAUUGAUAUCCGCGAUAUUACUGGUAGGUUUAUGGAGCAAUUUACGAGCACUGAUUUUACCUACGAUGACGGACACCAUUAUGUGACAGCGGUGAUGUAUGGCGGCUACAACAUUGAUGUGGUCCUGUGGUUCGAAAAGCAGAUAGACGUCCAAAGUCAUUUCAUUGCCAGCUACAUCGGGACUAUUGGGGGAUUCUUCCACCAUGACUUGUGGUACAUUGAGCGGUCUGGGGCACUCGUCGAGGGAAGUCCCAAAUCGAAUGCAUCCACGCCUACUGCCAAAAGGGGAAUUUCGUUAGAUUGUCCUAACCUCUCAUACCAUGCUUGUCCCAAUGACCCAACUGGUUCUACUCCUAUAUACGAGAGACGGGCUGGCAAUGCUCUCAGAAUAACGGGCUAUUGGUUUCCACAGAACACAGAAAUCUGUCUCGAUAUACGUGAUCGCUGGGGAAGGCCAAUGGCGCAAUUCUUGAGCACUCAAUUCGUCUACGCUGGCGGACAUCAUUAUGUGACCCCUAUGGCAUGCGGAUUUUACAACAUUGAUUUCACGUUUCGGUUCGAAUCUGCGGCAUCGUCAUCUACAGAGUUCGUAGCCGCCUUUAUUGGUACAAUUUCCGGGUUUUUUGUAGAAGACGCGUGGAUCAUCUCAUCGUCUCCGGCAUUGGUGAAUCAAGAAGUAGCAGCAGCCAAUGGAUCUAUCGCAGUCUCGAAGAGAGAAUCAUCAGUCAGCGCUCCCAAUCCUUCGGCAAGAAAUACUUGUGGCCAUGGUUUGGCAACCGCUACGAUAAUAAAUGAAGUACGCUUAGGCGGUCUUCUCUCACUGACCGGCUUUUGGGACCCAUUGCGUUCUGUAAUUUGUAUCGACAUCCGUGACAUUAGAGGUGUGAUAAUGAAACAAUUCCUCAGGGCUGCGUUCUCGUACAAUAAUGGACGUCAUUAUGUGACGCCUGUGACCUAUGGUCUCUAUAAUCUCGAUAUUGAUAUCUGGUUCGAAUCAGAGUUAGAAAUCUUUACAGGUUUCAUCGCCAGUUAUAUCGGCCAUGUCAACGGUUAUUUUGUGCAUGAUGCCUGGUUCAUCGGCCGAAACCCUAGUUUGUCAAGCGCAGACACUCCAGGCACGAAUAGAACCACUGUACAUAGUCCAGCAAAUAUCUCCUCCACCAACAGCUCCACACUAUGA